AUGAUAGCAGAUCCAAUUAUUGCGCAUGAGAUAUUCGUCAAGCAAGGCAGUAAAUCCUCAUCUCGGCCGUAUCAUACCUUUGCAGUUAAGAUCUAUGGCCGAAACAACAGAGGCAUCAUCUUCUCAAGCUACAGUCCUAAAUGGAAGUGCGAGCGAAAAGCAGCCACAGCAGUUCUAAGCCCUAAAUCAGUGGAUCGCUUCAGUGAGAUUUUAGAAUUCGAGGCCGAUUCAUUUAUAGAACGAAUAGCUCAAGAUAACGAAAAUGCGCCUUACAUCAAUCCAUACGAAAACUUGCAACUAUGCUCACUGAAUAUUAUCACAACGACAUGUUUAGCUAUUCGGUUCGACACUAUAGAAGACCCCAUUUUUCAGAAAAUCGCAAAAUUCGUUCACGGCUCCAUGAUUUAUGCUGGAAUGGCAGGCGACAUGGGCUCCUUUUUCCCGACAUUAGUAUGGCUGGAUACACUGAUGCGAAAAGAGAAAGAGAUGCAGAAUUUUGUACAUAAUUACAGAGAUGUAGUGUACGAAAAAUUGGUGGCCAAUGCACUGAAUGGCGAUGCAGAAUGCUUGGUAAAGAAUUUGUAUCAAAUGAUGGAUGAGAUGAACCUGGAUGAGGACGACAUUCUAGUUUUUAUGAGUGAUUUCAUCGGUGCAGGUGCAGAUACCAUUGCCGUUUCUUUAUAUUGGACAUUUGCUAUUCUAUCACAAAUGAAAGAUGUUCAAGACAGGGUGAUAAAAGAGCUAGAUGAUUGGAGGGAAAAGCACAACAAAAAGAUCGAGUUUCCUCAAUUUAACGUACACAGAGAAGAGUUUCCAUAUACAAUAUGCGUCCAAAAGGAGAUUAUGCGAUUCAGACCUACUACUAAUUUUGGCAUCCCUCAUUCCGCCUCUGACGAAAUUGUCAUUGGAAAUUAUGUGAUUCCAAAGGAUGCUAUCCUUGUCAGCAGCAUGGCAGCAAUGCACAUGAACCCUGAGUUCUACGACCAGCCUGAGGUGUUUAAUCCAGACAGAUUCAUGAACAACACGCAAAAGAUGUCGAGGGCAGCCAACUGCAAGCCACAGGAAAGAGAUCACUUUGGAUUCGGAUGGGGAAAACGUAUUUGUCCUGGAAUUCACUUGGCCGAAGUUGAGAUUUUUAAUAUUUACGUGCGCUUGUUUUCCAGGUUCACCAUUGAGCCGCAACUGGAUGAGUCAGGAAACCCAAUUCUUAUCGAUUUGAAUGACUUUGACGACUAUGGCAUUGUAGCAAAGCCUCUGCCAUUUAACGUACGACUAAUUCCUCGCGACAAAAACUAA